UUAAUUAUUAUUCAAAACUCUAUUUUCCCGGACCCCGCUUUUUAAAGCCUCUCUUUAUUUUUCUUCUGCUAUUUUCAGCAACUAACAAACAAAUUUUGCCCAGGACAGGAGGAUCGCUCAGAGUUUAGGUGAUGGCUUCAAAGCGGAUCUUGAAGGAGCUCAAGGAUCUCCAGAAAGAUCCUCCUACUUCUUGCAGCGCAGGCCCUGUUGCUGAAGACAUGUUUCAUUGGCAAGCAACUAUUAUGGGUCCUCCUGAUAGUCCAUAUGCCGGUGGAGUGUUUCUGGUCACCAUUCAUUUCCCUCCGGACUAUCCAUUUAAACCUCCCAAGGUUUCAUUCAGGACAAAAGUUUUUCACCCUAAUAUUAAUAGCAACGGUAGCAUUUGCCUUGAUAUUUUGAAGGAGCAGUGGAGCCCCGCCCUCACCAUAUCCAAGGUGUUGCUCUCAAUCUGCUCACUCUUGACGGAUCCAAAUCCCGAUGAUCCAUUGGUGCCAGAGAUUGCCCACAUGUACAAGACCGACAGGAGCAAGUAUGAGACGACUGCUCGGAGCUGGACUCAGAAAUAUGCUAUGGGUUAAUGUGCUGCUGCGUAUGUAGUAGGAGGGCUUCAUCCCCUGUGGCUUUGGUCUUUAAAUUAAUAUGUAUGAAUCAGUACGUGUGAUCUGUCUCUUUUUGUUUAGCGGACCAAGCCCUCAAAACACAUUUACCGUGUUAAUUGUUUGUAUGGAAAUUAUCCUUCAUACUUAAAAAGCCCCCUCUCUUCCAAAA